ACCACUUUGAUGUGGCGGAGGGAUACACCGGAGCCGCAAUGGAGUUGUGUUCCUUCCGUGUCCGGUGCUCUGCAGGUGACUAGCACCACAGGAACUGAGCCAUAGUUGAGAAAAACUGGAAGACAGUCUAUCAUUUCAGGGGGUUUUGCAGGUCAGAACCGAAGAUGGACACUUCAARACUUCCUAAGAUCCAGGAUGAAGAGCAUGAAAGCCGGUUUGGAUAUGUWCAUGGAGUCUCUGGACCGGUGGUCACAGCCACUGCAAUGGCCGGAGCUGCCAUGUAUGAGCUGGUCCGUGUCGGUCACAGUGAGCUGGUCGGAGAAAUCAUCCGGUUAGAAGGCGACAUGGCAACCAUCCAGGUCUACGAAGAGACGUCUGGUGUUUCUGUUGGUGACCCCGUCCUCCGAACUGGAAAACCCCUCUCUGUAGAGUUAGGGCCAGGUAUCAUGGGCUCCAUCUUUGACGGUAUCCAGCGUCCACUGAAAGACAUCAAUGAUCUCACUCAAAGUAUUUACAUCCCAAGAGGAGUAAACAUCGGUGCACUUAACAGAGACCUCAAGUGGGAGUUUACUCCUGUCCAGAACCUGCGGGUUGGCAGUCACAUCACAGGUGGAGAUAUCUAUGGCUCUGUGUUUGAAAACUCGUUAAUCAAGCACAAGCUGAUGCUCCCACCUCGCAGCAGAGGCACUGUGACCUACGUGGCUCAGCCUGGAAACUAUGACCUUUCAGAUGUGGUUCUGGAGCUUGAAUUUGAAGGCAUUAAGGAGAAGUUCACCAUGAUGCAGGUGUGGCCAGUUCGACAAGUCCGCCCGGUAACGGAUAAACUACCUGCCAAUCAUCCACUGCUGACUGGUCAGAGAGUUCUUGAUGCACUUUUCCCAUGUGUGCAGGGAGGCACCACUGCCAUACCUGGGGCCUUCGGCUGUGGAAAGACUGUGAUCUCACAGUCCUUGUCCAAGUACUCGAACAGCGAUGUUAUUAUUUAUGUCGGCUGUGGAGAGCGUGGGAAUGAAAUGUCUGAAGUACUGCGGGACUUCCCCGAGCUCACUAUGGAAGUUGACGGCAAAGUCGAGAGCAUCAUGAAAAGAACGGCGCUGGUAGCAAACACAUCCAACAUGCCUGUGGCUGCUAGAGAGGCUUCCAUUUACACAGGGAUUACGCUGUCAGAGUAUUUUAGAGAUAUGGGCUACAACGUGAGCAUGAUGGCUGACUCGACGUCUCGAUGGGCAGAAGCUCUGAGAGAAAUCUCAGGGAGAUUGGCUGAAAUGCCAGCUGACAGUGGGUAUCCUGCUUACCUUGGCGCCAGACUGGCCUCUUUCUACGAGCGCGCUGGACGUGUGAAGUGCCUGGGGAAUCCAGAGAGGGAGGGGAGUGUGAGCAUUGUUGGAGCUGUGUCGCCCCCUGGUGGAGACUUCUCUGAUCCGGUCACUUCAGCCACUUUGGGAAUUGUUCAGGUCUUCUGGGGACUGGACAAGAAGCUGGCUCAGAGAAAGCACUUCCCUUCAGUGAACUGGCUCAUCAGCUACAGCAAGUACACACGGGCUCUGGAUGAGUAUUAUGACAAACAUUUCCCUGAGUUUGUCCCUCUUCGUACAAAAGCUAAGGAGAUCCUCCAGGAGGAGGAGGACCUGGCUGAAAUUGUGCAGCUUGUAGGCAAGGCUUCUCUUGCUGAGACUGAUAAAAUUACUCUGGAGGUUGCAAAACUCAUUAAAGAUGACUUCCUGCAGCAAAAUGGUUACACCCCCUAUGACAGGUUCUGCCCUUUCUACAAAACCGUCGGCAUCCUCUCCAACAUGAUCGCGUUUUAYGACAUGGCCCGACACGCGGUGGAGUCCACGGCUCAGAGCGACAACAAAAUCACGUGGGCCAUGAUCAGAGAGCACAUGGGAGAGAUCCUGUACAAGAUCAGCUCCAUGAAGUUCAAGGACCCUGUUAAAGAUGGCGAAGCUAAGAUUAAAGCAGAUUACGCCCAGCUGCUGGAGGACAUGCAAAACGCCUUCCGGACCUUAGAGGAAUGAGUUUCCAACCUCUCGUCCCAUCAACCCAAAGAUCUAAAGCGCGGUGCAGUGAGAGAACCAGUUCCAGUUCUGGUUUUCUGCCUCAGUCGUGUGAACUCCUGUAUUUUUGUGUUUACAUCCCUCUGAAACAUUCCAUGACUCUUACAAAUGUUUUUAUUUUUGACUUUAUUAAUUACAAAAACRGGCUGCUAGAAUCYGAACAACAAAUUUGCUGUGAUUGACAGAAAKGGACACUUUUGACUCGAAUCGGUUCACAGCACUUAUUCACCGUCAGACUGGUGAUGUGAUUGAAAUCAGCGGGUCUCACUCAGGUACUGCACGUGCACUCRGCUACCAGCUGCAACAAAGAGUGGAAACGACGAACUGGCUUUUUUAAAAUUAAGUAGGAACAUGAAUGAAGGGACAUAGUUUUGUUUAUUCAUCUGGGGCUAAAAGYGUUGAUUCCACUUCUUACCUCUUAAGUGUGGCUGUGAGGUUGUGGACUUGAUAUAUCUAAAAAUUUGAGUGAAUAAAUGUGUUAGUUUGUGUUGUAACAAAUGUUUCACUGUUAUAUUCAUAGUCCAUAACGGUCUCCUUGAAUAAAUCCAAACAAAAUGACAGAUUUUGAA